CUCUUACUGUUAAUAAACUUCAGUUUUCGCCUGAACCCUCGAUGUUUCCAUGCACUGACCGUUCGCAUUUCCAAAUGAGCAAUAACACCCAUUCCUUUCUGACUAUUCAACAAAUUAGAAAUCACGCACUUCCUAGUUCUCGCGUUAACUCACCAGUCACUAGGCAGCAAGCGUGUUGAUCCUGACAACACAGAAGUGAACUUUGUUGCUUUUGUCUUUAUACUGAAUGUCGUCGGAUUAUCACUCGGACCCACAGUCAGAAUGUCUGUUCUGCUUGGAGAUUUUUGCCUACGAUGUGAGGCUGGAUACAACAUAUCUGGAACAUCGGAAUAACCUAGUGCCGGCUUUGGCCUUCCGUUUGCUGGAUUUCCCAACCUUGCUUUUACAUCCGAGACGUUAUGAGAACAGCCCUCGGGAUGCAGGCAGUGAUUACCAAACCGAUCCCUCUGGAGUUUUGUGUUGCACUUUUGGAACGGGCAAAUCCUGCCUGUUUCAGUUGUCUAUUGUCGCGCUGCAUACAUUGCUCGCACGGAACCCUCUGUAUGUUUUAUUUCUGGACUCGGGACCGUGUCGUCCUUCCCUGCUGGGGAGUUGCACGCUUUCAUUAUCUAAUGCAGCGACAGCAAUUAAAGAGGAAUUUAAAAAUAGCCGAAAGGACCGUUCUGCACCUUUUUGGAGGGGGUGCAGGGUAAAUCAUACUCUGCAUGAUCUUAUGGGGAGAAACAUAGGUACUAUCUGCCUCAGUUACAGACUAGUCUGUUUAGGUUGUGAGAGAAAGGGGCAUAUGGAGCAGAACGUUUCUCAGACGGACGAUCCCAGCCUCUUGGAGUGUAAGCAGGUUCACUAUGCAAAUCCACCUCCUAUUCCCCAGCCACCUCCUUCUGCCUUGCCUUUGAGAACUUCUUCAUCGAUGACAUCUGAAAAUUCUUGUCUGAGAAUGAAAGUGGCCACAGAGGAAACUUCUGCAACUAAAAGCAGUUACAAAGAAGUGGUGGCACAGGAAUGCAACAUAGUAAGGGAUGAACAUGUGCAAAUGUCUGUAGCAACACAAACAGAACAGAAAUCUAAGGGGUCCUUAGGCAUAAAGCUGAAAUGUAUGGUGACGGAUCAAGAAAUAAUUGCUAAUGUGUCUUGCCCUCCCCCACUUUACUACAAUAAAACUUGUGAGAAACCUAUUGCAGAAAGAAAGAUGCAUGGUUUAUCCCAAGAUGUUGCAGAAAAUCCAGUUUUGGGCAAUAUACCUGUAGUAAAACAACAAAUGAAGGCUAGUAAUAAUAACAUGUGUAAUGUGUUCAUCCAGUCUCAACAGCUGCCUGAUAACGUCUCCGUUUUGAGCCAGUUGCCUUUGCUAAAUGCCUUGUUCUUGGAGCUUUCAGUGCUGAAUAACCAAAGUACUAUAUCUAGAAAUAAUAAUUUCCAUUCCCAACUGAGCUUAACAUCUACAAAUCCUGCAAGUUUGGAGGCAAGCAGAAUUGGACAAAAACAUAUCAUAGACCCAGUGUCCAAAAUACAUAGUGGCAUGUUAAAGAUAACAACUAAACAAGUUGGUACCUUAAAACCCCAAUCCUAUAUCUCACCAGGCCCAACAAAGAACAAAAGUGUAAAAGAUAAUGUUCAAGCCAAAUCCAAAGUGUUGAAAACCAAUACAACUGGUAAGAAAAAAAUAAAUCAUGGGUUUACAAAUACCUCUAGACUUCAAUUACAGAAGUCAAAUCCACGAUUGUCAGUUUUCAAUGAGCAAAGAAAACAGCAAAGGAAAAAUCUGCCAGACAUGCAGCAGAUGAAGAAAUGGCAGAGCAGAUGUAAAGUAUGUAAUAAAGCAACUCAAAGUUCAUUAGAAUAUAUUCAUAAUGAAAAAAACACAAUUUCACAUAAGCACAGGCCAUUAGAUAAAGAUACUGAGACUUUGAUGCAAAGUAUUGAUCUGCAGGAGAGCAAAAUUAUAUUUCCACCAGUGUCUUUCCAUUUUAAGGAGAGUGAAAAUGCUGUCAGUGCCAAGCAGUCAUUCUCUGAUAAACAAAACCACUUGUUGAUGCAGGAUAAUACAUACAAACCAGGAGAUAAAGAUGUUGAAGACCAAUAUUCAAGAUUAUCAAGGCCUGAUUCUGAUAUACAUGAUCAAGUACAUACAAGCAAUGCCAUCAGUAUAUAUAGUGAUAACUUUGAUGCAGAACUGCACAAUCAGUAUGAUCUUAGCAGUCCAGAACAAAGAAUAUGCGUGGAACCUGGUAACCAGGAUUACACAGGGUAUUCAGAUAAUUUCACAAGUCCUGAUUACACAGGAAGAUAUUCAGAUACUUUUGAAAGCAGUUCAAAAACUGCAGCAUUAGUUAUAAAUGCUAUAUCUAACAGCAACACUGAAAGCUACAAUCAAAGUUCCAACUCAUGCUCAGGAGCUUCAAAUCCACCAUCAAGUGGAUCAUCCAUAAAAAUACCAUCAAUAUACAAAAAUGAGUUAAUCAGUACACCUUUAACUUCUUUUGAUGACCUAUCCAGUGAAUAUGUAGGAAACUGUGAACAAUCUUAUGAAAAUCGGCAUUUUUACAGUAAAGACCGUGGACUCUUAAAGGAAAAAAACACAUCUGAUGGGUGUAAUGUUUCUGAAACCACAUACACAACACAAAUUAGUCCUAAUAUGUCAAAUGUUGAACUCAGCAAACCGGAAAAUCCAAGAAGCAACCAGCAAAUAUAUUCAGUGGAUAAUAAUAACGGUUCAGCAAAUAUUUUUGAUCAAUACAAGCACAUAUCAGAACUUCAAGCAAAUCAGCUUCCUGGAUAUACAUUGUAGUCAAAAUAUCAAAUGCUUUUAGACAGUCUAUUUGAAAAAAAAAAAAAAAAAAAGAUUUAUUUUACAAUUUAUAAAACUGUAAAAUGUUUAGGUUGUUUAAAAAUACUUCAGAGUUAUCACAUGCAAUGUUCUUUGUAAGUAUUAGCCAAUAAAAAUAAUUGUAUUAGGACACAGCCAGCUGUGCAGCAUAACAUGGAAAAUAACCUUGCGCCUCUUGAGUUACAACCCCUGCAACCAUAACUAUGAGCUCUCCUGUCCUAUAUUUCUGCUUUGUAGUGUAUGCAUAGUGUGCUGCCAUACAUUGGUAUCAAGCAUCCUGGUGUGGCAUGUCCAAUAUGCCCCCGCCUUGGAGCAGGAGGGCUGUGCAAGAGAUAUUGGAUAGGGUGCUGUAAUGUAUUAAUAGGCUGUAUUUAUGCUGGAAUUAAAAGUCACAGAUGCACAGCUGCAAUUGAUCAAUACAUAUAAAAUAAUGUAAUAGUUG